AGUGUUAAUACCGAAGGUUGAAACGGUUUAACCACGGAAUACUUUCUUCGAGUACUUUUUAGUACUUUUCCCUGAAAUUACACAUCUUCUUCAGGGGUUAAUUCUCCCCGAUAACGCGUUUUUUCAAAAAUGGCAUCACAGAGUCAAAAUGCUAUGAAUGUAAGUUCAAGUGUUUCACCGGCGAAUGGAUCAUCCGGAUUAUCGACAACCAUCUCAGUCUGCAUUACGAAGAUGCAGUCUCUUACUUCUACACCAUCUGCAGAAUCUUAUCAACAACACUCAUCGCCAUCGUCGUCACCAUCGCCGUCGCCGACACCGUCGCCGAUACAGCAACAACAGCAUGAACAGACUCUGCAACAACUUAACAAUGUAGAGGCAAUUGACAAGAAUUCCUCCAACACAUUAAAACGUAAUCCAAAAAUGGAGUUAAGCAAAACUGAUUUAUUAAAAUUAUUAGGACGUUUAGAAGGAGAAUUACAAGCAAGAGAUAUUGUUAUAGCAGUAUUAAAGUCAGAAAAAUUGAAAGACCUAUUAAAUACUAAAUAUCUGAGUGGAACUUCACCACAUGCAGCACUUGCUCGUGAUGUAUUAUUAGUAGGUGGUGUAGGUGAACAUGAACCAAAUCAAGUAAAUGAACAAGCUGCUACUUUAGAAGCUCUUUUAACACAACAAAGAUGUAUGCAGCUUAAAAUGGCUAAGGUUCUUAAAGAAACUGAACUUAGGCACAGAGCAGUUGUCAAGGAAUUAGAAGAAGAAAAACGAAAACAUGAACAUGAUACUGCCCAAGGUGAUGAUAUUACAUACGGACUUGAAAAAGAAAGGACACGAUUGAAGAAAGAAUUAGAAUUAGAGAAACAAGAAAAAAAAAGACUGGAAUUAGAAUUAAAAAAAUCAAAUGAAACUUUAGAAGAAGAGAAAACUCGGCAAAAACAAAUAGUACUUCUUUUACUGGCUGAACGUAAAAAAAUAAUUAUGAAAUACAUAGAAGAAAGGAAGAGAUCAGAAGAUUUAGCACAGAUAUUAAGUGAGGAAAAGGUACGAAUAGAUUCUAUGGCUGAAGGUCUUGAAGAAGAAAGUAAGAAAUCAUUGCAAAUGGAAGCAGAAUUAGAAAAACAACUUGCACAAUUUGACAUGGAAAGGCAGCAGUAUAAGCAAGCUUUAGCAAAGGAAGAAAAACGGGCUAAAGAUCUCGAAUUAGAAUUAGAUAAACUUAGAAGUGAAAUAGAUGUAUGGAAAGAGUCACAAACAAGAGGUUCUCCAAGAGGAGUGGGUACAACUCCGCCGCCUCCUCCAGCCAAACCAGCUAAUUUAGUUGCUAUGCCUACAGUUAAGCCUGUUAGUGCUCCACAGACAAUUAAAGGCACAGUACUGGGCACUGGGACACCAAUGGUUAGUAGUAAAGUCGUUCAGCCCACUGCCACGGUAUCUAGUGUUCCUGUCAGCGGUCCAACUACUGGGAUUGCUAGGUCAGUAACUCCUGGACAAGCAUUACGCGGGGUCUCGUGUACGUCCAAUAUUACGUCUUCUGGUGGAGAAACUGCAGCACCUUCAGAAAAUCAGGCUGUAGACAAACGCGUGGUUGUACCUGCUUCUAUAAAUCCUGGAGGCACGGUAAAACUUAUGCCGCCGACGCAAGCUACAGGAAAGCUUGGUUUUCACGUUGGCUCUGGUUCUGCGAUUCAAGCAUCUGGUAUGCUGCCCUCGAAAAAGCCACCAAUAUCUCGCGGCGUUCCUCCUCCAGUGCCGCCAAAUAAACCGGUAGUACCACCUAAAAAGGAGGCUGCUUAUAUUAGGAGGACUGACGCAUCACAACCAGCGCAGGAUGCCAUAAAACUUGGUAAACAAGCUGUGGUGCAUCCUUCUAGUGGAUCCGCCGCUCCUCAAAUCCAGCAGACAAUAGGAGCUUUUACACAAGCCUCCGAUGAAGAGGUCAGUAAUAUGGCUCCUCUGCCGUUACUCUUCUAA